AUGGCCUUCCUGUUAGAUGGGUGGUUCAAGACAGACGAGGAUGACAUCAACGAUCUGCCGCCAGAUCUCAGGGACACUUACGUCAACCCCUGGAAGAUCUUUGGGCUUUCCAACGAAUCAACACCAUGGGACUUGAGGGACGCUUUUCGACAGCGAUGUUUGCAGAUGACGCCGGACUUCACUGGCCUCCAAGGCCUCGCCAAGCACAGCUUUCACAACUUCCGCCAGGUGCUGUUCGCCUACCGAAUGUGCACGGGUGAACUGGCGGGGCCAGCCGGAAAACUCUCCCGGUCGCUGGACGGCUCGCCCCUGCUGCAGAACACGAACCCGUGGGACAUCCUUAACACUCUGCGCCCGCUGAAGGCCAAGGGGGUAAGCGUGGGGCCCAGCGCGAGGGCAUCUAAGAUGCUCGCGGUGCAGCUCAAGAGCGCCGUGACGGUGUUCGGGGGGAAGGGAUCCAGCGGGAUGCCUCGCGUUGCGUUCGAGUUAGAGGUGUCGUAUUGUAUGCGGAUACAUCGCGUGGAGAGGUUUCUGAGCGACUUUGAGCAGCUGCACGCGAGGUUGGCCGCCGAGCUCAUCAUCCUGCCAAACUUUCCCGAAGGGGGAGAGAUCGCUUCUCUGUUGGGAGGGAAGCAAGAGUUGGGACGAGAGCUGUGCGCCUAUGUGCAGAGGGUUCACACGCUGCUGGCGAAAAGAGGCGUUUUUAGUCCGAGAGUCAUGGAAUUUUUGAAGGUGGUAGAAGAGGACUGGCUGGUGAGGUGGACAAAGUUCGUCCUCGGGCGAGGGGCCCGUCGGUAUCACGCUCCCGGAGAGAUAGACAACCGGUCGCUCCUUGAUGCGCCAAACAAAGCUCGGAAGGGUUUGGUGCUCGGGGAAGACUACCGCUUGGUGAACUUCAACGUUUGGACGUACUGGCUACUGGUGUACGGCGGCGGGCCGAGCAUCGGUAGAGCCUCCAAGGACAUCUACGGCCGCUCGGCAAUAGCGUACCCGACGGCGGUAGUGAAUAUUCAAGCGAGCAUCAGGGGUUUCCUGGGGAGGAAGCGGGCCUGGCGGGAGUACUUCUCUAGACUUGCCAUGGAACACGCGGGGGCAAAAGAGGCGCUCUAUGAGAGGAGAUUGCAUGACAUCCAGGAGGCGGCGCUGGCGCACAUAGAGACGGCAAGGCGGGAGAGGAAGAAGGGAAGGAUGACGAGGGCAGCCCUCUUCACCCAGGUGGAAUGGCGCCGAAAAAAGGGCUACACGUACCAGGUGGACAGGCUGGAGACGCAGCAGUACAUCCAAGACGUCUUCGAGAGGGCCGACAACACCGUCAGCGAACCACCAAAGAACAAGCCCAUGGUGGUUCGAGAAGUGAAGAGUAUCGUCAACAUCGGAGGAGCAGAGGAAUAA